GAGACGCAAACCGCUCAACUUCAACACACUUCUCACGACGAACUUUGACUGUGAGAGCCUCUGCAAUAAGACUUACCCAUCCGGAUUGUCCACAUACAGCCGCCAGGAUGCUCAUCAAGGAGUCUCACGUUGACGUGCCGACAAAGGCCGACGGGAAAGAGGGUUCCAUGAGAAUCUUUCUCUUUCACCCCUCUAUCCCCGGCUACCCCAACGCGAAAUUCCCAGGCGUCUGUGUCUUCUCUGAGAUCUACCAAGUCACCGGCCCCGUCGCCCGCUUCGCCCGCCAGAUCGCCGGCCAGGGCUACAUCGUCGCCGCCCCCUCAUCCUACCACGAUUUCACCGGCCCGGAGGCCCUAGCCUACGACGUUCCCGGAACCGACAAGGGCAACGCCUGGAAGGUUGAGAAGACGCUCGAGUCCUACGAUGAAGACUCCCGCCGCACCGUAGACUACCUCCUCAGCCUCCCGACCUGCACCGGCAGGAUCGGCAGCACGGGCAUGUGUCUGGGCGGCCACCUCGCCGUCCGCGCCUCCCUCGAUAAGAGAAUCACCGCCUGCGUGGCCUACUUCGCCACGGACAUCCACAGCCGCACCCUCGGCCCCCACGACGCCAAGAACACCUCCGCCACGCCGCCCCCGGGCAGCGCGCAUACCCUCGACCAGUUCCCGGCCCUCACCCACGCCGAGGUCGCCAUGAUCUUCGGCUGCAAGGACACCCACGUCCCGCCCGAGGGCCGCGACCUUAUCCGCGCGAAGCUGCGCGAAGCCGGCGUCGUCACCGGCUUCUACGAGUUCCCCUGGGCCCAGCACGCCUUCAUCCGCGACGAGCUCAGCAAGGGCCGCUACGACCCGGCCAUCACAAAGGUCUGUUUCGAGAUCCUGCUGGAGCUCUUCGGCCGCACGCUCAAGCUGGACCUGGGGCCCCAGGAGGGCGUCGGCGAAGUCGAGCACGUGUGCUGAGCACGAUGAUCGCGCUUCACUCCGAGGGCUUUCGCGACGUACAUAGGUCAGGACAGAUCACGUUAUGCAAGGCACGUUAGUUAUUCAGCGGCGGGCAACAUGUCGUCAUACUCUAUUCGUAAUCUAUGUGUUCACCCCCUUCACCCACAAUGUGAGUUUUGUGAGAAGAUUCAUCAGGCACGGGGGGAGGGGGAGCCAGUCUCAAUGCCCGCGUAUAAUGAAAAGGGAAAAAAAAACAUUGAAAAUGAAAACAAAAAUAAAAAUUGAAAACGCUUCGUGUCAAUAACAAUUGACCGGCUGGUAUUGUAAUCUUUGCUCCGAUUU